UGUUCAACAAAAUAAAUUAAAUAUAUAAAUACCAAACCUCAAAACAGAGAAGACCCAAAAGAAGAAUUCAAUUUCAACCCGGAAGAAAAUUCAAUGGAUCACGGAAGUCCGUCGCAAGAACACGUUUCUCAUUUGGCUCUCGAUAUCGGAGGGUCUUUGACAAAGUUGGAUUAUUUCUCAAGAAACAACGAGUGCUCCAACGGCGAUAAUAACGAGGAAAAGUCUUGUUCAAAGGAGAGUUUAUUGGUCUCCAAUGGCGAUAAGAAGUGUCCAGUUCUUCAGGGGAGGCUUCAUUUUGCGAAAUUCGAAACCAGCAAAAUAAAUGAUUGCCUAGAGUUUAUACAACGCAAUCAGCUUCACCUCGGUGGCUGCCAGCAUGGUGGAGCUCCUGGCAAUGAAAAGCGUAUUAUUAAGGCCACAGGUGGAGGGGCGUACAAGAAUGCAGAUCUCUUUAAGGAAAAACUUGGAAUUUUCCUUGACAAGGAAGAUGAAAUGGAUUGUCUAGUGGCCGGGGCAAACUUUCUGCUUAAGGCAGUUCAUGAAGAAGCCUAUACUUACAUUGACGGUCGCAAGGAGUUUGUGCAGAUUGACCGUGAUGAUUUAUACCCAUAUCUGCUUGUCAAUAUUGGUUCUGGUGUCAGUAUGAUCAAAGUAGAUGGGGAUGGCAAAUAUGAGAGAGUGAGCGGAACCAAUGUUGGUGGUGGAACCUUCUGGGGUUUGGGAAGGCUUUUGACGAAGUGCGAGAGUUUUGAUGAGUUACUGGAGUUAAGUCAUCGAGGAAAUAACCGAGUGAUAGACAUGCUUGUUGGGGACAUCUACGGUGGAAUGGACUACACCAAGUUUGGUCUUUCAUCAACUACUAUUGCUUCUAGCUUUGGCAAGGCAAUUUCUGACAAUAAGGAGAUUGAAGAUUACAACGCCGAAGAUGUUGCUCGGUCCCUCUUAAGAAUGAUUUCAAACAAUAUUGGACAGAUCUCAUACUUGAAUGCUCUCCGCUUUGGACUCAAGCGGAUAUUCUUUGGAGGGUUCUUCAUCAGGGGUCAUGCUUACACCAUGGACACAAUAUCCGUUGGAGUAAACUUCUGGUCUAAAGGUGAGGCGAAAGCUUUGUUUCUGAGACACGAAGGAUUUCUCGGAGCAUUGGGUGCGUUCACGAGCUAUGAAAAGCAUGGCUUUGGCGACUCCAUAGUUCGUCAGUUGGUACAACAAUCCCCCCUAAGCGCAUCUCACGCAGGGUACAAGAUUCACGGUCCUCUAAACGGGGAAUGGAAUGAUAACGAAAGUAUAGAGUGUAGUGUUUAUGUUAAUUAGAAUCUGUAUCCACUUCUCUUAGUAUUCGGAUGUGGGGCGAUAAAAGGGGCAAUCUCUGGCUGCCUGUGUGCACCCUUUGCAUGUCCAAAGGGGCCGAGGCUUGGUUGACAUAUAUAAGUGCGACGUAGUUGAGAGUUAGAGAUAAACUGUAAUAUAUAUAUAUCACUCGAAAAUCAAGUUAUGAGAGAGAAACAACUCUUUUACGAGUAGACAAUAUGUUUCUUUUGCUUGUUUGUAACAUUAUCUCUAUGUUUGUAA